AUUCCCCGGUAUUCCCACCGACCAUGACCCUGGAAAGAAAAACACUCUGUACCAUGUCCCGUGGCGAUUGCUAGGGUGUGUCUUCCACGGCGCGCGCCGCAUGGAGAGGGAUGGGUAGUUAAUCUCGAAAGCUUGCGGACCUUCUUUGGACCGACAUGAGGCCUUGUCCGCGGAUCACACAUGUACUUUGGGUAUGUUGUUGGCAAGAUGCGUCAGGCCCCCCGAGCCUGAUCGAGCAUCGUGCAGGUGUUGGGGAGGAGAGGCUACGAUCUGGCUGGUUAUUUGAGAAGAGUGGGGGUACGGGAUCGGUGUUCAGUGGUACAUGGUGUCUGUCUUGUCUGUUUGUCUGGACUCUAGAGUGUUUGCCGCUACUGUUGCCACAAGAAGGGUUAUAGAUUGGUCUUACACUAUCUUUUUGAGAGCUUAGCGCAAAUUUGGAAAAUAAUACCGCAGACUACGAAAAGC